AACUUCGGCCUCCCGGUGCAGCGCGGGGCUUUGGGCAAAGGCUGGAGGGAAGGGCCUCUGGCUCCCUCUCGCCCUCCCUCCCUCCCCAGCCUCGGGUGAUGCAGGCAGAAGCUCCCGCUGCCCUGUCCAAGGCCGCUGCCGGAGAAGCUGGGCGCCGGUGAGGGCUGGCCUUUUGCCUGGCUUUGUCCGGCUGUCGGGGGGGGGGGACGGACGGGGUCCUGGGGAGGAAGCCACGCUCCCCGGACAGCCGGACCAAAGGACGCAAAGAGCCCCCACCGGCUCCUCCCACAGCGGCCUCGCACAAGGCACCGGGGCUCCGCCUGCAGGCAAGCUGGACCGGGGAGGGGGGAGCCCGAGCGAGCCCUGCGGAGGGAAGGCAGGCAAAGGGCGAGCGAGGGCAGCCGCAGCAUCCUGGAGCCCCUGCAAUUCCCUCCGAUCGGCUCCCCCGCCUCUCCUCUCCCCCCGUUAGCCAGCCUGCCAGCCGGAGGUGAAGCUGAGUGUUUCUCUGUGUUGAGAAAAAGCAACUGGUUGUUCCACCUUGUGAGAGUCCUUUGAAUUCUUCUAAUUCUUCUUUAGAAACAGGAAAGGGAUUCAUUGAUUCACGCCAUGAAUGAUGGACCUCCUGCUUCUGCCUCUGAUGCUGCUUUUGUCCCAUACAGUCUCUGGGAAGCUGAGAAUGAAAUGCCCGCUGAGUUUGGAGCACCAGGAUGGGAAACCAUGGAGCUACUACAGACCAGGAGACCAUCUAAUCAGUAUAGUCACCAGUGGAACGGAAAGAUUGCAUACAAAGUUGCUUUUCAACGUGGCUCCUUCUCUUCAGUUUGUUUUCCAUGAUCCGGAUUUUUAUAGUUUUUCAUACGGCUUACUAUUCAUUUUCAACAUUCAAAUGGUCAACAAGAAUUCCCAUCUCUUGCACAAUCUCACACUUGGCUACAACCUCCAUGACAACUAUUUGAGCACUUUACGCACUUCAGAUGCCUUGCUGGACAUUCUCUCCACUGGAGAAGCCAAUGUCCCCAACUAUGGCUGUGGAAGGAAGGAGAACCUCCUGGCUCUUCUUGAUGGAGCCGAGAGGGAGAUCUCCAUCCAGAUGUCAACAUUAGGAGGCACCUACAAAGUCCCGCAGAUCAAUCUGGAAACUGCUUCAGAAGCUCUGAGUGAUAAAAGUCAAUUCCCUUUUUUCUACCGGAUGAAUCCCAAAGAAGGGAUCCUGUACCCAGUAAUUGUCCAACUGCUCCUCCAUUUCAGAUGGACCCUGAUUGGUCUCUUUGCUUCAGACACAGAGAAGGGAGAGAAUUUCAUGAGGACUUUCCCUCCUAUGCUUGUCAAGAAUGGAAUUUGUGCUGUUAUAUCACAAAGAUUGUCAACAACUGGAUAUACAGCAGCCCUCAGGGAUUCCCUCUCUAAAUGGAGACAAGUCAACGUCUUUGUUCACUUCAUAGAACAUGAUUCCAUUUGGGGAAGAAUUCUUCCUUUACAUUUAGCACUUAUGCAUUUGCCAGGACCCAUUGAAGAAAAAGUCUGGAUCCUCACAAGUUUCGAAGGGUAUGAAAUGAACAAGCGCAGACUUCUCAAAUACAUCCAUAGUAUUUGGAAGUUUGGUUUUCUGACAAAAAAAAGGCCAAGGGAUUCUGCCUUUGACCCCCAUUUCUUUGUGGAAGAAAAGUUUCAAGAUCCUUAUUUUCUCUGUUCUCUUUCAAAGAACGUCUUUUCUGUCAAAGGCCGCAGAAGAUGCACCCAGAAAGCCCCACUGGAGACCCAGGAGAAAGAGAACAGUAGAAAGUUCCCAAAUUACUAUCAAUAUUACAGCCUCAUUCAGACUCUGGCCCAGGCCUUGAAUGCCGCCUAUUCCUCCAGGUGGAGGAGGAGAAGGAAGGAGGGAGAAAAGACUUCGGGGUCUCCAAGGCUGCAGCCGUGGCAGGUAUGGGGGUCCCAAUAUUGAUCCAUUAAUCUUAGAUCCUUUGGAGGAGGAAUCCAGAGGAGAAGGAGGGGAACCAUCUCAACAGAUCUGGCCAAUUCAGCUACUCAGGGAAUAAUGGUUCCAAAAAAUAGAUAGCAUGGCAUUUUAAUAUUUUGCACUGAUCAUUUGAAAAUGCUGUAUUCUUUCUUAAAUAAAUUCCUGUAUGGUUGAAUUUGU